CUGGAAGGUCAUGGCUUCUUGCUCUCGCAUUCAAUCCCAGACAACUACUCGCGCGGCGCCCCUCCGUCGGUAGAAGACGCCCCUCCACAUACAGCAUCAACCCUUCUUACUCCCUUGCGCUCUUUGGUCCUAAUUGGAUCGCGCCGCAUCUUACACUUCCUCUUCAUUUCGACCGACUUCUUUCCCAUCCAGCAGACCUUCAUCGCAUAUGCUGCCCCGCGACGUCAUCCAGAGAUGGAGCUUGGCCCGGGGUUGCCGCUAACACAGACCAAACAGUCGCGCGUGUUGAUGGUCGGCGCCGGAGGAAUAGGAUGUGAACUCCUCAAAAACCUUGUCUUGACCGGCUUCGGAGAGAUCCACGUUGUCGAUCUCGACACAAUCGACCUCAGCAACCUUAACCGGCAGUUCCUCUUCCGUCAGGAACAUAUUAAGAAGUCGAAGGCAUUGGUUGCAAAGGAAGUCGCCGAAAAGUUCAACCCAGCGGUCAAGAUCGUCGCGCACCAUGCCAACAUUAAAGACGCCCAGUUCAGCAUCGAUUGGUUCGGCAGCUUCAGGAUAGUGUUUAACGCAUUGGACAACUUGGAAGCCCGUAGGCACGUCAACAAGAUGUGCUUGGCGGCCGACGUGCCACUGAUUGAGAGCGGAACUACUGGUUUCAACGGCCAGGUCCAGGUGAUCAAGAAGGGCGUCACGGCGUGCUACGACUGCUCGCCAAAAGAGACGCCCAAGUCGUUUCCCGUCUGCACAAUCCGCAGCACACCGAGCCAACCAAUCCACUGCAUAGUUUGGGGCAAGAGCUAUCUUCUCAACGAGGUCUUUGGGGUGAGCGAAGACGAGUCGGCCUUUGACCACUCCUUGGAUGCCGACAACGCCAAGGAGAUCGAGGAGCUCAAGAAAGAGUCGGAAGCGUUGAGGAAAAUCCGCGAAUCCGUCGGCAGUCCAGAGUUCCACGAGAUGCUCUUCGAUAAGGUAUUCAACACCGAUAUUGUCCGGCUGCGGUCCAUGGAGGAUAUGUGGAAAACGAGGAAGCCGCCGGAGCCGCUCAACUAUAAGGAGCUGUUGGAGAAGGCCUCCGAAGCGACGGCGGCGAAGGAUGCGGUGCUGAAGAACGACCAGAAAAUCUGGUCGCUGGAAGAGAACCUAGUCGUUUUUAACGAUAGUCUUGACCGGCUUAGCAAGCGUGUCCUCGACAUCAAGAACGGCCCCGACGGCGCCACGCAAGACGCCACCAUUACGUUUGACAAGGACGACGAGGAUACAUUGGACUUUGUCGCCGCGAGCGCAAAUAUCAGGUCGACGAUCUUUGGCAUCGAACGCAAAUCAAAGUUUGACAUCAAACAAAUGGCGGGCAAUAUCAUCCCUGCCAUCGCGACGACAAAUGCCAUCGUGGCAGGUCUUUGCGUGCUCGAGGCGUUCAAGGUGCUCAAGGGCGAGUACGAGAAGGCGAAAGAGGUAUUCCUGACGCCUUUUGCACCCGCCCGGCUCCUCGCAUCGGACAAGUCCAGAGAGCCGAACCCGGACUGCCCUGUCUGUGGCGUUUUCCAGACUCGCGCCUACGUCGAUCUGUCGAGAGCAACGCUCAAUGACCUCGUGGAGGACUUCUUGAAGCUCCAGCUGGGUUACGGAGAGAAAGACAUCUCGAUCAGCAAUGAUGUCGGCAUUCUGUAUGACCCCGAUGAGACGGACAACCUGGGCAAGAAGUUGAGCGAGCUUGGUAUUGGGCCAGAUUCCUUCUUGACCAUUACAGACGAGGACGAUGAGGAUCCCUUUGUCAACGUAGUGGUCGCCAUUCAAGAAGCCAAGGAGCCUCUCGAGGACAAGCCGAUCAAACGCGCUUCGCCUGAGGAGGUCAAGAUCCCAACAAAACCCAAGAAAACUCCUGCGCCAGAAUGCAAUGGGCAGAACGGACAUUCCGCCCAGAGCGGCAGCAGGCAACAGAGCGAAGCGGUAGCCGAAGUAUUACCGGCUAAGCGCCCCCAUCCAGAAGGCACAGAGGAUGCCGCCUCCGUCAAGAAGGCCAAGACUUCGGCGUCGAACCUUGAGGAUGAUGGCGAUGUCGUUGUCCUCGACGAUAGCGCCGGGGGUGCCAUCGUCAUUGACGAUGACUGAGAGAGGUGGCAAGUCACGAAGCAGAAUGGCAUCGCGGACCGUGAGCGAAGUUGCCAAGGCGUCGUCGUAAGCGGCCCAGGGACCUGCCAGAGACCAACCAACACCACCAAACAUGAAUGUGCGCCCGCCAGCCACCACUCAGACCGCGCUCAACCCACCGU